AUGGCGGCUUGUGUUUCCCUCUUUUUGCAGACUGGCUACCAAGGUGACCAUUGCAGGAGGAGCUCUGUACGUGGCCUAUGACUCGGGUCUGCUGGGGAGCAGCGAGCAGGGCUCGGAGGCCCUGCAGAAGGCCCAGGCUGCCCUCCCCCCCGCCAUAGAGGAGUGGAUGAAGUACUUUGGUGUGGAGGCUCAGCUUCCAACUGUGCCUAAGGUUGAAUUCUCCCCUGUUGAUGCCUGGAACUCAGGAGUGCGGUGGACGAUUUCAAGUCUUUCAGAGGCUCCGACGAAAGUAACUGAAUAUACAAAUCAGGGGCUCCAGCAAGUAAAGGACCUCAUCAAG